GCUCGGCACAGGGAAGGGGCGGCUCUUGGCGGCGGAAGGGGAGGGCGAGAGCGGCAGCGCGUGUGGGGGUAUCGCCAUGGGGCGCAAGAAGAAGAAACAGGGCUCGGGCGAGCGCCAGGGGCGGCUGGUGGUGAAUUUCGACGAGGAGAGGCGGAGAGAGUACCUGACUGGCUUCCACAAGCGGAAGGUGGAGCGGAGGAAAGCAGCGCUGGAUGAGAUCAAGCGGAAGCUGAAGGAGGAGCAAAGGAAGAUGAAAGAGGAGCGGCACCAGGAGUACCUGAAGAUGCUGAGCGAGAGGGAGGCGGCACUUGAGGAGGCUGAUGAACUGGAGCACUUAGUGACGUCGCAGACAGAGUCUGUGAACAUCGACCACCCAAACCACAUUGUAACGGUGACCACCAUCAGUGACCUGGACUUCUCGGGGGCACGCCAACUGGGACUGACCACCUCUGUGGGAAAAAGCGAUGCAUCAGAAGAAGAGAAAGGGGAAGAAGCAGUGGAAAAGCCUGUAAGAGCAAUGCCCAAGAAGUCCAGAAACCCCUUUCUUUCUGAAAAGAUCUCUUCUCUUACUGCCACACUGCAUAUGCACAGCCGGAAGAAGACAAAAGGAAAGAAAUCCCAACGUGGGCAGGGCCCACACAAGAAAAUCCAGAAAUCCAGCACGGGGCGGACCACUAAGACUCAGCGACGGAGGCUGACAGGCAAAAUGGGCCGCGACCAAGAUUAACAGAGAAACUACUGCUUCCAGCAGCUGGGACAGCACUCCACAUCUGGCCUGCUGCUCUUUGUGGCCCUUUGUUGUGGACAAGGGCCUUGUUUACUUGAUUCUCUGACAAGGAGUGAGCCCAGUUCAGUGAGCUUCUGAGCACUGGCCAGGAUCACUAGACGCUCUCCCCAUUUAUUUCUGCAGUGAUCUCCAGCUACAUGUCUGGGUGCCACAAAGUCUCUAAAUUAACUUCUGCUGGGGGUCAGAUUCUCUGUUGGGCAUAAUCCUUCUGUCUCUGGGCCUUCCCUUCCAGAGCUAAUCCUUUGCUUUAUCAAAGGAGAGUAUCUGGGGCUGAAUGCAACAGGCAUAUCAUCAGGGCAAUUUAUGUGACUAGGAAGAGCUCCUCUUCCACUCGUGCGUCAGUGCCCUGGCAUUUCUGCUGUGCAGUAAAUCCUUUUUCCAUGGAGACACGGUGUCAUCGUUUCUCAUGGGUUUCUUCUCCAGUGCCACACCUGAAAAAAAGCAGGGCUGCUUUUUGACUGGUACCCAUGCCAGGUGAAAUUUGGUAACUUUGUGAAUAAAUCUUUAUGAAGUCAUGUUGCUAAGAGAGAAAUAUUUGUGACUGACUUGAAGCAUAACAGUGUAACUGUGUUAAUGACAGUACCAGCUGGGAAGAGGGGAGGUGAUUCCUGUUGUUUAGGGGUUGUUGAAAUCCAGUGGUGCUCAGGAAAAGGGAAUAGCCAGGAGCUCUUUCUCUGGUAGUACAGAACCAGCUAGAGCAGGAAUGGCUCAUCUGCAUGUGCUGAUCUUAAUUGUGAUAGCUCAGAGAACUGUGAAAUGCCCUAAUGCCCUUGGUGUGUAUGUGUGUGGCCCUCUCCAGAGUGGGAGUGGCAGAGGCAGCCCUUCACCUCAGGGCUGCUGCCAGUCAUCAGCAGUUAGUUGCCUUUCUUUUUGGGACCUCAAUAUAUGGGUUUUUGUAUGGAUAUUUUCAGCAAGGAAGGGGGAAAAAAAAGAACCCCACACAUUUGCGUGGUUGAGGAAUACUGGUAGCAGAACUGGGAGUGAAUCCAGGCAUGCUGGCCCCUGCCUUGGAGUAUCUGUAGAAAAUGGUGGCUCUUCUGCCUCUGGCAGCCAAGCCUCCUCCCUUGCCACAUGUGUACUGGCAAGGAAAUGACAAAAGAAGAAAAGGUCUGUGUGGCCAAAACCCACACCAGAAAACUGGCAACCAAGCAGUGCAUGAAUAUGUAGAUUCUUUGUGCCAGAAAAGGGGGGAGGGAAGAGUAAACCAGUGCCUGCGGCUUCAUGGAGGAACAUCAGAGCAAUGCUGAUGGCCAGCAGCUGCUAAAGCUAACAGCACCAGCCUGAUGCAUCUCUCAUUGUUUCUUAGAGCAAGCACACACAUACACAGAAGUUUUUCAGAGUGUGUUUGAGAGGGGGUCUGAUCUCAGCAUUGAUAGCAGCUACACAAUUUCUGCUAGAGCACGUUCCUCUGGAGGGACCUGUGUAACACAUGGUUGUGAGGAAUGGGGUCCUUUUGCACCUCCCUUUCUCCUCCAAAGAAGGUAAAUGGCAGGGAAGUGGACACUUGUUCCAUGUGCCACUGAUACCUGCUACGCUUGGACUCCUUGAGUCCUGUCCUGGGCUGAGGCUUAGUGCUCUCAGGCACUGAUUCUGAAUAAUCCUGGUCGCAUCAUGAAAGUGUAGUGUGUUUUCUCACCUCCAAUACCUGUGGUGAUCUUUUCUUGCUCUGCCUUAAAGGCCACUCCUGAAAGCUCACAGGAUUUAAUGCAUGACCUUGCCCAUCCUCCUGUUUCACCUCGGAGUGUUGGGUGUUUCAUAACUCCAGAAAUACAACUUGGGGGCAAUGUCAGGAGUCUGACGCAUCCAAAGUUUCCAAGUGGUGCCAUUUGCAAAGCAUAGAGUGUUUCUUGUGCUGGUUUGGGAGUUACAUGCUCUAGAGCUAUUCUGUGGUUGUUGGGUUUGAGAGGGAUGUAGGAGGGAAGGAAAGGGAAGUUCUGUUUGGAGUGGUGUACCACAGCAAGGGACCUGUGGCUUAAAGCUGAAGUACAGUUUAUAUGACACCCUCGAUCUGGGUUCUACAGAGCUUUCUCUUCUCCCCAAGAUGUAGUUUCUUGCCAAGUGCCAUAGGCAGAAGGUGACUUGCACUUGCCCUUGCCCCAGGAGUUUGCUCUGGAGCUGGAAUGGCUGCUGUAAAGGAAACAUGCAGUUCAUGUGUUUGUAAAAUCUGCUGAAGUGUGGAGUGUGAACUGUGGGUUGGGUUGCCUUCUGCAGCCCAUAGACAGCCUGGCAUGGUAGUUAGGACAGCAUUGGAUUACCUCUUUAUAAUCCUGCUGGGAUGUUAAGAGUGACCUCAAUAGCAUUCCAGUGUUUGUUAUUUUGCUGCCAGGUGAUCUAGAAGAAUCUCUCUUUGAGUUUGUUUCCCUGGCAUUAAUAACUUCUAAGCCAUUCUCAAGUGUCAGCUGAAAUGUCCAAAGGUCUCUUCCAGUUCUUGCUGGAAGUGGUAAACAAACAAAAAAAAACAUAUGGAAAAACUGAGAACAGAACUGCUAAAUCCUAUACAGUGUUAACAUUGAGAUUGUUCGCUGUGCUAUUGAUUUCUCCAUUUGAUCGAUUAAAGCUUUAUUUUGUAAUGUAAAUUACUGACUCAGCCCGAGUCUGCUGCAUUUGUUAUGCACAGGGUGCACAGUCAGGCUGCCCCAGCAUAGUUUGGAUCAAGGAUCUGAGCUUCCACAAACAAGUUAGUGCGUUGUUUGCUGGACACAUCACAGUUACAGAGUCAGAGAAUCAUAGGAAUUGGAAGGGCCCUCUGGAGAUGAUCUAGUCCACCCCCCUGCUAAAGCAGGUUCACCUACAGCAGGUUGUACAGGACUGUGUCCAGGUGGGUUUUGAAUACCUUCAGAGAAGAAGAAU